AACCUGCACAAGACACACCCUCGCCUAUGGGCCAAGUACGCCAACAGGCCCAUCGUGGAGUUCAUCGAGGACAUGAAGACGAUGCGCGACGACAUCCCCCUCUCCCGCCUCGUCCUUGGCUGGGGCUUCAACAACAACUCGGAGGUGUUCGCACGCGUGCUCCUCGUGCUGGAGCAUCGUGAGAAGAGGCGGCCCUAG